AUUGAUGAUACAGAUGCAAUGGAAGACGUGCAUUCUUUACUGACAGAUGUUCCACCACCUUCUGGUUUUUACAGCUGCAACACAGAAAUUAUGCCUGGUAUUAAUAACUGGACACCAGAAAUUCAAAUGUUCACAGCAGUAAGAGUAUCCAGAUUAAGUAACAUUAACUUAACAAAUCAAACACUUAAUAAGAACUUUAAUGAUCUCUGUGAGAAUCUGUUGAAGAGCUUGUAUUUUAAAUUACGAUCUAUGGUUCCCUGCUGCCUUUGUCAUGUAAAUUUUACAGUUGCUCUACCAGAGGAUGAAUUAGUUCAGAUUGCAGUCACAGCUGUUGCAAUUACAUUUGACAAAAACCAAGCGUUACAAACCAACAAAGCCCCUACAGAAAAAUCACAGCAAAGAGCAUCUACAGACAAUGAAGAACAGCUGCAAUUUCCACUGGAACUUUGCUCUGACCCUCUUGCUUCUCAACCAUUCUCACCAGCUAAAGAAGUCCUGGAGGGUGCAAGUUCCCACACAGGUAUUCCUGCUACUCAGAGAGCAACGUCAAUUGAUUACAGUUCCUUUGCAGACAGAUGCAACAGCUGGAUAGAGCUCAUUAAACUGAAAGCUCAGACCAUAAGGCGCGGAUCAAUUAAGACAACUGCUUCACUUGAUAAAGCAAGUCCAUUGGCUGAGGGAUACUUACGGCACCGUUCUGUUCCGUCGUGCACCAAUUCUACCGUCUCAGUUGUUAAGAUGACACCUCUUUCUUUUCUACCUGGGGCAAAAAUAACCAAGUAUCUUGGGAUAAUCAACAUGUUUUUUAUACGAGAAACCACUUCUUUGCGUGAGGAGGGUGGUGUCAGUGGUUUUCUUCAUGCUUUUGUAGCUGAAGUGUUUGCAAUGGUGAGAGCUCAUGUCGCAGCUUUAGGGGGGAAUGCAGUUGUCUCAUACAUAAUGAAGCAGUGUGUUUUCAUGGAGAAUCCAAACAAAAAUCAGGCUCAGUGUUUAAUAAAUGUCAGUGGUGACGCAGUCAUCUUUGUGCGGGAAUCCGAGUUAGAGAUGAUACCAGUGCAACCAUCUACAGUUGCUUCACAACCCACAAGCUCUGGAGGAGAUGUGACAACAUGA